AUGGAAUUUUCCUUCAUCGAAGGUUCCAGUGCUCCAAAUCAAGAAAUUGCGAAGAUUUUGUUCGAAAUGGCCAUGAAUAAGAAAUGGGGUGGUGUCGUUGAGAAACUUACGGAAAACCCAUUUCUUCUAAUGACCAGGGUCACCAAGACAAAUGACACAGUAUUACACCUAGCUGUCUCCGAAGGCCAAGAAAAGACGGUCCAAGAAAUGAUAAAGAUCAUUUCGCGGGAUCUACCAAAUUUCGAGUCUCUUCAACUUAGAAACAAUCGAGGGAAUACCGCUCUCCAUCUUGCUGUAGUGGUGGGGAAUGUGGCCAUGUGUAAGUCCAUAGCAAGUGUUCGUUCUUCAUUAAUCGGAGAACGUAACAAUGAGGGAGAGUCUCCUCUUUUCACGGCAGUGCUCUUCGGUAAAAAACAAGUCUUCCAAUAUCUUUACGAUUUGUGUUGGUCCAAUGAUGAGCGUCACGGUUGUUCCAAGAAUCCGCGUACUGGUGACACGAUUCUUCACUACGCCAUUUCUGAAGACCAUUUUGAUUUGGCAUUGCGAAUAAUUCAGUUGUAUGGGAAAGUACUUGCAAACGCUGUCAAUAAGAAAGGAAUCACACCUCUCCAUCUACUAGCGGAGAAGCCUUCGGCUUUCCCAAGCGGGAGUCUACUUCAUGGAUUCUGCAAAACAAUCAUUUAUAACUGUAUACUUAUUGAUGAGCACGAAGUGGAACAAAAUGUUGAUCACCCGAAAGAAGGGAAGGCGCUGGAUCAAUAUUAUCCCGAGAACUACAAAACUUGCAUCGACUUCUUUCUAAUCUUUGGGGGUUUUGUUAGAUCGUUUGUACUACUGACUGAACGUUUUUUGUUUUCUCGAGUAGUUCUGCCAGUACUCGCUAUGAUCAGAGGUAAGGUGGUUAGAGAACUAAGAGAUGAAGAGAGGCCUGAAAAACAGCCCGGAGAUACAGAACUAAGCGCUCGCAAUGGAGCUUGGAACCAACGAUUUUGUCUGUCCAUGUAUGGCCUUUUCUACAAAAUCUUCAAGCUUGCAAACAGGACAAUUAUGAUAGUUCUAAUUGCACUAGGAAUUCCCAUGAUAAGAAAGAUCUAUGAGGAGAAAAAGAAGCACAAGUUAUCCAUUGUGAUCAUGACAAAGCUUCUAACGAGUGGUAAAGAUGAUAUGUACGCGUAUUAUUGCGGUGCGGAGGAUCCAUUAAAACGCCCAGAUAAAUUUAGUACCACUCUAGAUCCGGACAAAAUAGAUCCGGACGAUCAAAUAGAUCUGGACGGAAUGUUGGGUCGAGAUCACAGUAAUAUCGAAGAUGACAACGUCAGAUCAAAAGGUAGGAAGGGACCAGAGACUCCUAUAUUAAUCGCUGCUCGAAAUGGCAUUUCCGAAAUUGUGGAGAAACUUCUGGAACAUUUUCCAAUAGCCAUACAUGACGUGAAUGAAAAAAACAAGAAUGCAAUGUUGUUGGCGGUGCAGAACAGACAACCACAUGUAUUUCAAAUCCUGCUAAAAAAAAAUAUACUGGUCAAAGACAGCGUGUUACGGGUGGUGGAUGAAAGUAAUAAUAAUGUAGCUCAUCUCGCGGCUAUGCGUAGAAACUAUAGGCCUUGGCAGAUUGCCGGGGAAGCCUUGCAAAUGCAAUAUGAAAUCAAGUGGUUUGACUUCGUGAGAGGGUCCAAUAUCCCCUCUAGUUUACUUACCCACCGCAACGCAGAGAACAAGACCCCUGAGGAACUAUUCAUCGAGGAUCACACGCAGCUCGUCAAGGAAGGUGGUGAAUGGUUAGUUAAAACCUCUAAAGCCUACUCCCUCGUCGCUGCACUCAUAGCCACUGUGGCCUUUGCCACCUCCGCCACAGUUCCUGGAGGCGUCAAGGACGAUAUUGGCAUUCCAACAUUGGAAAACAGAACCCCAUUCCACUUCUUUGCCAUCUCAUCACUCAUCGCACUCUUCUUCUCGGUCACGGCUUUGGUCACUUUCCUCUCCAUCUUAACAUCAAGGUAUAAACUAAGGAAUUUCGCAAUGGACUUGCCAAUAAAGCUCUUGAUGGGUUUAACGACCUUGUUCUUUUCCAUAGCUGCGAUGCUGAUUUCCUUCUGCUCAGGACAUCUCUUUGUGAUAGACAAUAAGGUAAAGUAUGUGGCGUAUACAGUGUAUGUUGCAACCUGCGUUCCGGUUACUUUAUUUGCGGUGAUGCAGUUUCCGCUGUAUUUUGAUCUAAUAGAUUCUACCUUUAGGAAGGUGCCAAGACGUAGCUACAUGGCGUCAAUUCACUAA